UCCUCUGUCUGCUCCUCCUUUCACUCCGCUCUCCCGCAGGCCUCCACCUCUGGCCGGCCACACGCAGCCUGACUCCGGGGGAACUCAAGAGAGGUCGGCUCGGACCCAACGAGAGGGAGCGAGGGAGCGGGGGAGAGAGAGCAGUUGCUGGGACACAAUAUUUUUUUCCGAUCGCAUUGCAGCACUUCACACAUUCUCCCAUCUGGAGCUUCCUCUGUGUUUUUUUUUUCUUUUCUUUUUUUCCCUCAAUUCAUCUUUUUUUCCUCGGAGGGGAGAAAAAAAAAACCCCAACAACUUUACACGCAAUGGAAAGAUGUAAAAAUCAGUCCGGACACUAAACUUGGGACACCGACUGCGCCUGCUGGGCUCACUCGACAGGACCGUUAGGUGUGCAGCCGGCUCGGCGGGACCCGGAGCCCUCUGUGGGACAGGACGAGUCAAACACAACCGAGAGGCCCCGGGAGCGCCUGUCUGCUGCCCGAGUCGCCGCGGGGGAAGACGCCAGAGAAUUCAUUUGGAAAUGAGGCCCAGAGAGGUACACAUAUUCAAUCAUCCACCAAAAAAAGGAUGCUGUCAGAGCUGAGUGAGUGGUUCUGGCAGGAGCGGCUGUGGUUCCCCAAGGGUCUGGGCUGGGCUGACCUGGAGGAUCGGGAUGGACGUGUUUAUGCCAAAGCCCAAGAUUUGUGGGUGGCACUGCCCAUCGCCCUUGUGUUCCUCAUUAUUCGUCAGAUCUUUGAGAGGACAGUGGCUACACCCCUGGCCUCUCUACUCGGGGUGAAAGAGACUGUGCGGCUCAAGGUCCCUCACAACCCCACACUGGAGUCCCAUUACUGUAACAUUACCAAAAACCCCACACAGAGUUCAAUAGCAGGUCUUAGCAAGAAGACUGGCAACUCGGAACGACACGUGCAGAGAUGGUUCAGGAGACGGAGAAACCAGGACAGACCGAGUUUGCUCAAAAAAUUUCGAGAAGCGAGUUGGAGAUUUACCUUUUACCUUCUUGCUUUCAUUGCUGGCCUGGCUGCCCUCAUCGAUAAACCUUGGCUGUAUGACCUGAAGGAGAUGUGGCAGGGCUUUCCUGUGCUGACUCUCCUGCCAUCUCAAUAUUGGUACUACAUGAUCGAGCUGGGUUUCUAUAGCUCUCUGCUCUUCAGUGUGGCUUCGGAUGUGAAACGCAAAGACUUCAAGGAGCAGAUCGUCCACCACGUAGCGACCAUCCUCCUCAUCAGCUUUUCUUGGUGCGUUAACUACAUUCGUGCUGGAACUCUCAUCAUGCUGGUGCACGACUCCUCAGAUUACCUUCUUGAGUCUGCGAAGAUGUUCAACUAUGCUGGGUGGCGUAACGCCUGUAACUACAUCUUCAUUGUGUUUGCUGCAGUCUUCAUUGUCACUCGUCUGGUCAUCUUCCCCUUCCGCAUUAUUUACUGCACGUGGAUUUAUCCAGUGACCAUCUAUGAACCCUUCUUUGGCUACUUCUUCUUCAACGGACUUCUGAUGGUUCUGCAAUGUCUUCAUAUCUUCUGGGCCGUCCUCAUCAUACGCAUGGCAGUCCGCUUCCUCACCAACAAUGAAAAAGUGGAUGAUGAAAGGAGUGACAAAGAUGAAACAGAUGAAUCGGACGAAGAGGAGGAAGUGAAGGUGGAAGAUAAAAAGGACAUGAAGAAAAACGGGCCGGUGCAGAAUGGUCACACAGUCCACAACAACAACCACAGCAAGACAAAGUGAAAGAAAACAAGUGUCAGGGUGUAGGAAUGUGAGAUGGACUCUUAUCCCUCACUAGGUGAGCAGGAGGGAGGGAUGAAAAGAGAGAAAUUUGACACUAAUACCUUUGCACGACACAAAAACACACUACCACAUGUUCAUUCAUACUUUUAGAGGGCACAGAGAUCCAGCAGAUGAUACACAGUAUGUGGCAGGGAGAUUGUUGUGCUUUGUCAUCAAAAUGUCAAAUGUCUCAUUGUCAGUGUGAGAUGUCUUUCACAAAAUUCAGUGGAGAAAAUGGAGAGGACCAAAGUGUGGAGAGGACACAGGGAAGGGGGUGAUGCUGCUUCUAUUUACGCGUUCUUGUUCUAACUGUGCCUUAGAGCCAGCUGAUUGCUGUCCAAAUGCCAUUUUAUAGCUUUUAUGCUUAAAUCUCGUGUCGCUUUAUUUCAUUGUACCUUUUUUGUUUUCUACUGAAAGAGCAAAAGACUGAACGUUUUAUGAAAGUGGAACAAUAGGGCAUUUAUUUCCCUAAUUUUUCUGUCUAUGCAAGUAUGUGUAUGUUCAGCUAUUGCAGUGUCUUUGCACAGGCAGUAGGACUGUGUGUCUCUGCUCUCCAAUGUAGCCGCUGCCAUUUUAAAAAAAAAAGUCUGCCUAGGCCUACACGUGGGUUCUUUCGAUUCCAGUUUGGUUUCCAACUUCCAAAAGAGAUGAUCUUUGCUGUUUCAAUAAUAACCAGAAAGUAGUAUUCAGCACUACAACACUGUAAUCGCAAUCACAGCUUCCUGCCAGUUUUGAUGGAGCUGGAUGUUUUUUUUCCUCUCCUGUUCGGCUGAAACCGUUUGAUCCAGUUGAGUCUUGAAUCACAGUGAUGAUCACACUAAAUGAAAUGUGAUGACUUUCCUCAGAAUAAUUGCGGGCGGGUUGGUUCCUCUGUUGAAAUAAAGGCGUUAUACCAAGGCGAAUGGAAUGGUACAAAUUUACCAUUUCUAGAUUUUACAGAUAUCAGCCAGAUUUCUACAGUUCACUGCCUAGUAGCCUGGGUUAUAUUUAUUAACCUUGGCAAGAAUCAAAGUGUUGAUAUAAGUGAAUUAUUUUAGGUGUGAUUAUGUGUAUGAAACGGGUUUACAUUUUUCCAAAUCUAUUUUUUUUAGUGUUUCAGUUCUGAGACUUAUGAGGUAUUAAUGAAAUAAGUGUUGCAGUUUUAUUGUUAUGCUUUAAAGUUUCUUUUGUAUGUUAAGUGCCUUAUCUGUAAUGUAUGAGCUCUCUCAUGUCGUCAUGUUCUCUCCUUUUCUUUCCUGUCUCCACCUCACAACUUCAAGAUUAAAGCAUCCUCCUUCCGCGCUGUCAUUCAUCAACCACUUUUCUCCUCUUCUUUAACAAUUCCUUCCCUUCCUCUCAAACUCACCUUCAUUCCACCAACCACAUCUUUACUAACCCAGACCAACCAGCAACCUCUGUCUCCAGUGAUACAGAAGAAACUGCUGUGUACUACUUACAGUGUUAUUAUUAUUUGUAUUUUAUUUUGUAUUUUUUUGUUUAAUGAUGCAUAAGUAUUGUUAAUAAUAAUAAAAGCAGAGAUCAUGAUUCAGAAUGAAAAAA